UUUUUGGAACUUUUCUUUCUGAUAGUGGUGUGAAUCGGCAGAGUUUGUGUGAAUCCAAGUGUUCAAACUUCACACAUGGCGUGUAUUCUCAUUUUCAUCUCUGUAUUUAUUAUUGAAUCAGGAUAUUGUCAGCCAUCCAUACCUCCACCAGAGCGACCAGAAUGCAGUGAAAGUUGGCAGUCUCCUGAUUUGACUUAUGUACCAUCUAUCAACCAGUGUUCAGAUUACACAACAGGUAACGGUGUGGCUUGUAAACCAAAUAACCCAUUCACUUGUACUGGGAGAAAUCCCUUCUGCGCCACUGCUGGAGAUAGAGCCUUCAAGUGUUGCAGCGACAUUAUUCAGGAUUCUACAGAAGUGAAAAUGCUUAAUUCUUCCCAAAUCAAGCCAAUUUGCCCCGCCGGUGCGAUUCCUUAUAAGAUGCCACAAGUUUUGUUAUGCGACCCGACAAUUGUUAAUAUCUGUCCAUACGACUAUAAGUGCGUUGAAGCAGCAAACGGACAAUAUCUUCCUGCCGAUGGCCGAUCUCUUUGCUGCAAGACCACCACUCUGUACUCGUUUGCCUCGGUUUUUGGAGAGGCUAAAAUAAGCCCUCGGCUAGUGCCAAAUCCCCCUCUUUCAGCGAUCGAAUAUGUCACUUUGAACGUUCACACAUCCGCCAAAGAGCACUCACCGGAAAUUAGAACUGGAGAUCAUUUUGUGCUGACACCAUACAAACUCUACGAGCCGGCAUAUUUGAAAAAAAUCAAACUGUUCACAGACUUUGGUCAUGGCUCAUUUGUGCAUGUUAUACUUUUUGAUCCAAUGUCAACAACUGAAACAAUGCAACUUUAUUAUGACCGACCAACAUCCAAUGGGAAAACUAUCAAUUUAGAUGAGCCAAUUCCAGACGGAGGAUUCAUUUCUAAGAAAAUAUUCAAUGCGGCUCCAAUUACACAAAUAGAAAACCCAUCACGUCCGGGUCCAAUAAAAGAAUAUCGAAAAUUGUGGAUUGUGCUCAUUUUCAAGACCACAAGCCCGUUUGGUCGAGUUUAUAUUCUUUCCACCAAGGAUUUGCACAGCAAGUAUAGAUCAGUCACCGAUUUUUUGAAAUCCGACACAGGAAACAUGCUAGGAACUCCUGUGGCUGGAACUUAUUUUUAUCUCACCACCGACUGAUUUUCAUUUCAAAAUUAAUGCAGAUUUCUACGUGUUCUUUUUCAAAUAAAUUUAUAUAUUUUUUGUUCUCUCACAAAAUAAAUAAUUUCGAGA